CCAGCCUUUAAACGUCAUAAAACAAUAUAUUUUCCAUUUAAAUAUCAAGCUUUAACCGGACGAACCAUAACUAAGUUUUCAGUUUCAUAAUUAUAAUACCGUUACACAAUGCAUUCCGAUAAUCAAUAUAUCUAUACCUGGGAACGUAGACGAUUCGGACGCCAAUGUAUGUUCAGCGACCGCAACCAAUUGAUGGCGAGCAUUAAUCCCAGUAGAAAUCAACGCUACAACUAUAUCCUUCGUAAUCCCGUUUAUCAAAGCACUCAAUUGGCUCCACAACAGGCAUUGAGUGAAAUGAAAACUGAAAAUGUCACCUUGGCUGAGCAUGGUUUGUAUCACUAUGAAGGUGGUUGGCCUAAGGAUGUUAAUAUUAACGAUGAAGAGGCCACUUUGAGAUAUCGUAAGAAAAUCGAACGUGAUGACAAUUGGGGUGAACAAGUUUUGGAUCUUAUCUCCAGCGCCGUUGGUGUGACCGAAGAGAACAAUGCCCUUAAUAUUUAUGAGGAUUUCUUUCUUGACUUGCCGUCAGAGUUGGGCGAAGACAUUAAGAGGCGCUUUGAAUCAAGGCAAAAGAAUAUUUUCCACGAUCCUGAAUUGAAUCGCCGACCCAUAUCUGUUAUCGAUUGGACGCCCAAUAAAGUGGGAAGUUUUAUGGUAGUGCACUCUAAUAGUUCACUAAAACGUGGGCACUCUUUAUUGAAAAGUACCAAGAAAGAGAAGCCCAAGCAAGUAUUGAUGGCUCAUCAUUUGGCAAAAAACGAAACCCCCAGAGAUUCUAAUGAUUUUUAUAUAUGGAAUGUGGAGAAUCCUCUCAAACCAUUGAUUGUUUUUAGUAGUGAUGAAAAAGUUCUCAAAACUUUUUAUUGCCGAGCAGAUGAGACUUGGAUUGCAGGUGGCUUGCAGUCGGGCAAAAUUUCUCUAUGGAAUUGUCGACAAGCUGGGCAGCCCAUUGACACUUGUCCCCUGGAAGCAGCUCAUCGAGAGCCAGUCUCAGCAUUAUGCUGGGUGCACUCGAAAACAAAUACGGAAUUCUACACGGGAUCAUAUGAUGGCUCAAUAAAAUAUUGGGAUGGUCGAGAUUUAAAAGCUCCCAAGCAACUGUUUUUGCUUGACCCCGUUAUGAACGAUGAUCAGUUGCGGGAUCGGUCCCAUGGUGUUACAGUUUUAGAAUUUGAAUACACCAUACCAAUACGUUACAUCAUUGGCAGCGACAUGGGAAGCAUUUUCAUAGGCAAUCGCAGAGGAAUGACUCCUAUGACAACAUUUGGGGCUGGAAAUUAUCGUCUAUUUCAUGGACCUAUUCGAACCAUAGAACGUAAUCGUUUCUUGGUGAAGAAUUUUCUAAUAACGGGGGAUUGGUGUGCUAAAAUGUGGACUGAGGAAUGCAAAGGAUCGCCUUCAACAUUUUCGUUUAAGAAAAAAUAUCAGAUAUUAUGUGGCACUUGGAGUACAAGACGCUGCUCUCUAUUUGUAACUGGCGAUAGCGAAGGUGAAUUGGAUUUUUGGGAUUUAUUACUGCAUCAGAGAAAGCCAAUUUUUUCCCUGAAAUUCCCGGUUUCGAUUUUAUAUGCUAAAUUUCGUCCAGAUGGAGAGUAUUUGGCAGUUUGUUUGGCCAAUGGGGAUACACAAAUACUAGAAUUGGAUCCUGCUAUGAAACGCAGCGCUGGCCAAGAUAAGGCAUUGAUUGUGGCGAUGUUUGACCGCGAACAACUGCGAUGUAAGCUCUUGGAUCGUCGUGUUGAAAUUUUAAAACUAAAACAUCGCGUCAUUGAAGACGAACUAGAAAUCAAUACUUUUCAUGAGGAACAACCAACCAUACAAGCAACGCUAGAUCCCAAUUAUCCAGAUGACUAUAUACAAAUCAUCACUGCCGACAUUGAAUUUCGGAAUGUUCUCAAUAAUUUUCAUGAUCAAGUUUUCAAGGUGAACAGGAAACGUCAAGUUCGUGACUUUGUUAUACAAACAACAAAUUUUGAAACUGAACAAAUAAACAAACAAAUAAUGGAAAUUACAUUUUAAAAUAACUCUAUAUCGGGUAGUUAAACUUUAUUUAAAAUAAAAAAAUAAAUUUGUUAUGUUUAGAAAAUA